AUGGCCUGCUGUCAGACCAGCUUCUGCGGAUUUCCCAGCUGCUCCACCAGUGGGACCUGCGGCUCCAGCUGCUGCCAGCCAAGCUGCUGUGAGACCAGCUGCUGCCAGCCACGCUGCUGUGAGACCAGCUGCUGCCAGCCAAGCUGCUGCCAGACCAGCUUCUGUGGGUUUCCCAGCUUCUCAACCAGUGGGACUUGUGGCUCCAGCUGCUGCCAGCCAAGCUGCUGUGAAACUAGCUGCUGCCAGCCAAGCUGCUGUGAGACCAGCUGCUGCCAGCCAAGCUGCUGCCAGACCAGCUCCUGCGGAACCAGCUAUGGCAUUGGUGGUGGCAUCGGCUAUGGCCAGGAAGGCAGCAGUGGAGCUGUGAGCACCCGUAUCAGGUGGUGCCGCCCAGACUGCCGUGUGGAGGGCACCUACCUGCCUCCCUGCUGUGUGGUGAGCUGCACACCCCCAUCCUGCUGCCAGCUGCACCACGCUGAGGCCUCCUGCUGCCGCCCGUCCUACUGUGGACAGUCCUGCUGCCGCCCAGUCUGCUGCUGCUACUCCUGUGAGCCCACUUGUUGA